GAAACGACGCCGUCGUUGACGCGCGCCACCCGAACGAGAGAGGCACGUGCGCCGCCGCCGCUAGACGCGCUGUUCGCCGUGGGCGUCGACAGCGUGGCGCUCGCUUCCGAAGGUUGGCUACUUGCACGCCCACUGCAGCGAGACGUUCUUGGCCGAGAAAGCAAGCGCAAUGAGCCCACCGAGGGCUGCGCCUGGCGUUCCCCAGCUGCUAGUGCCUGUGCUAAGACAAGCGCCGGCUUUCUUAAAGGCCUGCAUUCGCCGAAGUUACGCAAAAAGCCGCCGGUUACUGCGUCCAAGUUUUGUCGGCAAUUUUUGUAUCGAGGCGUGGAUUCGCGAUUGCCUUUGAUACUUCCAGUGCUAGUCAAGUGAAAGUUGUGUGCUGACACCCAUGUGCUAGAAAACGUCUUUUGAAUGCGGACAAUUUCGUUAUUGGUCGGCUUCGUUUCAACGUGGUGUCAAGCUGCGAUAGUAUUUUCAGCGAAAAACCAUCAUUGUGCAAGAGCCGAUACUCGUCUUGCCGUUUCUAAGUUUCCCGUGUGCGCUGCCAUUGGAGUGCAUCCCGUUUAACGGCUCAUCGAGGGUGCUGCAGAGAACGGAGGUACAGCAAAAUGAUUCUGCAGGAGAGCACGUGUCCUGUCUGGACGUUGUUGGUCAUCGCGACGACCCUGGCAGCGGCCACAACGCCUGUGUCAAGGUUUCCUGUUCCGAACGAAGACCGAGAAGCUGACCCAGAAUUCUGGUUUGAUCAGGGACAUUCUGGGAUUGAGCAACGACUGAGGCUACUCCAGAACACACGCCGUGCUCGCCAGGUGGUGUUCUUUCUCGGCGAUGGCAUGGGUGUUUCCACGCUUACCGCAGCUCGUAUCUACAAGGGGCAACGACUGCAGCGCACAAGUGGUGAGGAGAGUGCACUGGCAUGGGACACGUUUCCGCACGUGUCCCUGGCCAGAACGUACGGCCUCGACGUGCAGACGUCUGACUCGGCGAACACGGCAACUGCCUACCUUUCGGGUGUCAAAGCCAACUUCGAGACGUUAGGCGUGGACUCCAGGGUGAAGAGGUUGCAGUGCCACAAUGAUCCGACCACCCACCUGCCGAGCAUCAUGAAUUGGGCCCAAGAGGCAGGCAUGUGGACGGGCAUCGUGACCACAACCAGAAUAACAGACGCUACGCCAGCCGCGUCAUACGCCCAUUCUGGCUACCGCAAGUGGCAGUCGUCCGUGCCCGAAGGUUGCAACGCCAAAGACAUCGCGCGCCAACUCAUGCAGUCCACUCCUGGUUCCCGAUUCAAGGUGAUCAUGGGUGGUGGUCGAGCUGCGUUUCUAGACAAGGGGCUCCGAGAUGAUGAAGACAAACCAGGUGAGCGCUCGGAUGGCCGCAACCUUAUCAAGGAUUGGUUGGAUGAAAAGAAGUCGCACUCGGCGCACGUCAAGUACAUCUGGAACCGCAAGCAGCUCCACGCUCUCAAUCCCAACAACACCGAUUACCUCCUUGGCCUCUUCGACAGCGACCACCUUCCGUAUUCGUUUGAGCGGCGAAGCCUAAAGACCACCAAACCGAGUUUACCUGAGAUGACUAGAGUGGCACUGGAAAUUUUGCAAAGGUCACCGACCGGAUUUCUUUUGCUUGUUGAAGGUGGUCGCAUUGACCAUGCUCACCAUACCACCCGCGCUGGACUUGCGCUUGAAGAAAUGUUGGAGCUUGACCGGGCCGUGGACGACGCGCUGGAGAAGUUCGGGGCCUCCGGUGACACUCUGGUCAUUGUGACUGCGGAUCAUUCUCACACCUUCUCUUUUGGAGGUCUUAACACUCCUCGGGGAAAGAACAUACUCGGCGUUGCUGGAUUAUCGGACAUUGACCAACAACCGCUCACCAUGAUCGCUUACGGUAACGGCCCUAGCGUUGCGAUGGACCGGAGCAAUUUGACUGAACGGGAAACCUCGUCAAUGAACUACACGCAGCAGGCGGCAUUUCCGAAGCGGCUUGAGACGCAUGGCGGCGAGGACGUGGCUGUGUUCGCAAUCGGGCCCUGGGCCCACUUAUUCAGCGGGGUGCAUGACCAGACUUAUAUCCCUCAUGCGAUAGCGUACGCAGCCUGCAUCGGCCAGUUCCACGACAAGUGUCACACUGCAACACCAGAGUUGAGGUGACGGUGAAAGAAUGUGGACCAUGGAUGUGAGAGCAAUGUGCGGACCUCGUUUAGGCAGAGUCACUGAGUGCACCGACUUGACCAUGAUGUAUAUGGGCAUUGAAAAAAUUCAACGAAGUAAUGUUGCGUAUCGUCCCUUUUGUAAUCCAUCAUGCGGAAAUAAAGACUUGCUCUUAUGCUGAGCGCUGAUGAUAGAA